AUGACAUCUAGCAUUACUAACGGUUCAAUUGAUUUUGAAGAAAAUCGACCGAUCGGUGAUCAUGCUCAAUUAUCUGCUUAUCAGAGAGUUUCGAUUGAGGAUGUUUUAAAUCCGCGACCUGCAAAUCCAAUUCCAAUUCCAAUUCCAAUUUCAAGUUCAAGUGCUGCAAACCAGUUUUCUAUUGAUGAAAGGGUUUACACUCCGGAGGUUCAGGCAUCAGCUACACCUGUUGUUGGAAUUCAAUUUAUCUCUAUUGAACAAGCAUAUGCGUUUUAUCAAUCAUAUGCUAAGUUAGCUGGUUUUUCUAUUCGAAAAGGUGGUGAAGUAUACAGUGGUGGUAUAAUCAAAACUAAGUAUUUUGUUUGUUCUAAAGAGGGACAUAAGCCUCUGUGUAUUGAUGAUCAUUCGAAGUCAAAAAAGCAAUUCAAAACAAGGAACAGGGGGACUAUUAGGACCGGAUGCAAAGCUCAACUUAUGAUUUGCACUCUGGAUGAUAGAUUAUAUACAGUAAAGAAAUUUGUUGAUGGCCAUAAUCAUAAGUUUGUAUGUCAAAAUGACAUUCACAUGCUCCCAGCUUACAGACAAUUGUCAGAUGUCCAGGAGGAGAUGGUAUGGGAACUUGGCACUUUAAACCUUGGUCUUGUCAAAGCUUUCCAGAUAAUGAGGAAACGUUAUGGUGGUUUUGAGAAUGUUAGUGCCACGGUUGAUGAUUGCAAAAAUUUUAGGAAGCGAAUAAACAGCUAUAUAGGAGAAUAUGACGCUGACAUGCUUAACUAUAUUGAAUUUGGGGAUGUGAUAUCGUUCGAUGCAACUUUCAAGACAAAUAGGUACAAGAUGGUGUUUGUUCCGUUCACUGGCAUUGACAACCACUGUCGAAAUGUAACAGUUUCAGCUGGGUUGCUGGCAUCGGAGAGUAUUGAAUCAUAUAAAUGGCUUCUGAAUUCAUUUUUAAAGUCAUUUGGUCGGCAACCAAAUGUCGUAGUGACGGAUCAAGACCCUACUAUGAAACAGGCUAUUGAGGAGGUUGGACACGAGUUGUGUAAUAUUGACGAGUUUAAAAGGAGGAUGUGCGACAUUGUUUGGACUGAUUCGAUUGAGCCCGAAGAAUUUGAGAGACAGUGGAAAUUGGUGAUGAUUGAGUUCGGUCUUACUGAAAACAAAUGGAUUGAUGAUAUGUUUGGGAUGAGAUCCAUGUGGAUUCCGGCUUUUUACCGGCAUGAGCCAAUGUCGGGUCUUAUGAGAACAACUUCAAGAUCAGAGAGUCAUGACAUUCGGACUUGCGGCGAGCUUAAAGCCAAACAACAAGGUAAACAGGGAAAAAAGAAGAUGAAGGGUGUCCUGAUUGAAGAUGGUGUGAGAGACAAAGUCAAUGAGGGUGAAGACGACGAAGGGGAAGAUGACUUUGAAGAUUACAGUAAUGAUGAUGGAUCUGAAGACGAAGAUCAGUGGGAAGAGGUGUCUGUAGAUGAUGAGGAUGAGUAA